GAGGGCGGAGGCGGUGGAGCGGCCGUGGUUGCCGGGGGCGGUUUGGCUUCGAGCCGCGCCGCUUGCUGCUCCCCUUCUGCCUCUCUCUCUCCCCGCAGCGCGCUUGGGGGCACCCGGGAGACAGAGAGAGCAGAGCGGGCGGGACGCCGACCCUGCGGCGGCAUGAACCGGCCGCACCGCGGGGCCGUGGGCAGCCGGGGCCUGGGCACCAUGGAGGUGAAGAGCAAGUUUGGAGCAGAAUUUCGACGAUUUUCUCUGGAGAGGUCUAAACCUGGAAAGUUUGAGGAGUUCUAUGGAUUACUGCAGCAUGUGCACAAGAUUCCAAAUGUUGAUGUUCUAGUGGGAUAUACAGACAUUCAUGGAGACCUGCUGCCCAUCAAUAAUGAUGACAAUUAUCAUAAAGCAGUUUCUACAGCAAAUCCUCUCCUCCGGAUUUUCAUUCAGAGAAAAGAAGACGCAGACUACAGUGCCUUUGGUACGGAUACUAUGACAAGGAAGAAGAAUGUCUUAUCGAAUGUCCUACGUCCAGAUAACCACAAGAAGAAACCGCACAUUGUUAUUAGCUUGCCACAAGACUUCAGACCAGUGUCUUCGAUUAUAGAUGUAGAUAUUCUUCCAGAAACCCAUCGUCGGGUACGACUUUACAAGUACGGAACUGACAAACCCCUUGGAUUUUAUAUACGAGAUGGCUCUAGUGUCAGAGUAACACCACACGGAUUAGAGAAAGUUCCAGGGAUUUUCAUAUCCAGGCUUGUCCCGGGAGGCCUGGCUCAAAGCACAGGCUUACUGGCUGUCAAUGAUGAAGUACUGGAGGUGAAUGGAAUAGAGGUUUCGGGAAAAAGCCUUGACCAGGUUACAGACAUGAUGAUUGCAAACAGCCGUAACCUGAUCAUUACGGUGAGACCAGCAAACCAGAGAAAUAAUGUUGUGAGGAACAGUCGGACUUCUGGCAGCUCUGGUCAGUCAACGGAAUCUAGCCUUCCAAGUAGCACACCAAAUAUUUUAGCAAAUUCCUUGCAAGGAGAAGAGGACAGUGAUGAAGAGGACAUUAUUAUUGAAGAUAACGGUGAGCCACAGCAGAUACCGAAAGCUGCACCUACCAGUGAAAGCCUAGAAUCGUUGACACAAAUUGAACUUCACGAGUCAACACAAAAUGGAUUCUUUCCUUCCAGUGAGAUGAACUUGAAUCAUUCAGCAGGCAGUGUUAGCAUGGACUAUGAAGUACAAGAUCAAGAUCGUAAGUCGUUAGAAGAUGGAACUAUAAUAACACUGUGAAAUUACAUUGGUGUGCUUUGUAUUAAGGAUGCCAUACAUGUUUUAAUUUGGCUUAAUAUAUAAUACAUAUUAAUACCUCUCCAUCUACUGAGCACUGCAGUUAGAUUAAAAGGAGGGCAAAAUUAUGUAAGUUGACUAACUUUGGUUAAUUCUGCACUUCAGUGUAAAUACUGCACAAAGAUGGAAGAUAUAAUAAUUGAUAAAUGACUAGGAUUGGAUGAGGAAAAUUUAAAUUGGAAAUGAAGGAUACCUAAGAAAUGUCUGUGAGCUUUCUUUCAAAGGUAGUUUUUUUCUUUUUAAAUGCAGAAUACUACUGGUUUUAUAUGAGUAAACUUCCAUUGUUGUGUGAGUUUGACUAUCUAAUGUACUGUGGUUUCAUUUUCAUCUAAAAAGCUGCUUACGUGUGAGGGAGCUGCUUUAGCCACUUCAUUCCUGUUCUGGACUGUUAUUUAACUGGUAAAGCUGUUUGUCACUCUGUGUAUAAGGAAACUGAAAAAUAAGCAGGAGGUGGGGUGGUAAGAGAUGUUCUUGAUUGGUCUAAUUGAGCAACAGGGGUCUGUCACAGUGGUGACAGGAUUUGAAAGUGGGGACUUCUGAAGUUGACUGUUCCUUUCUAAGUGAAUGUGCAACCACAGACUCAUUAGUCAUGCACCUUUACUGGUUUUAAUGGCCAGGUAAGCUUGCUUUUAAUGACUGCUAUUUUGAAAUUCAAAUGUGAAAGUCUUAACACUUAAAUAUCAAAGCCCUUUUCUCAUUUUAGUUUGCAAUAUUUAAGGAUACCAUUGGAUUUAGUUGCUAAUCUCAGAAAAUUUCAAAGAAAUCAGGUGUAAACUUAAUUCUGUGGAAAUAACAUAACAGCCUGUGUUAGGAUCACAGUCUUAGUAAAGCUGUGAAGGUUUCUACUAGCACAGUUUUGUUGUAGUGAGUCUGAACUAUGUAAAAAGUUACUUUCUUCAGACCCAAAUAAGUUAGAACAGUUUAAAUUAAGUUAAAUCCCUAGAUUAAAAAGAAGUUUUGAAUCAGAAUGAGACUUUAAUAUGACCUGCUUGAGCCAUGUCACAUUAAAUUAUUCAUUAUAAUGAACUAAACUGUAAAUGUGGAUCUUUGUGUGCCACUGACUGGGUGUUCUACUUAUUACAAAGUUGCUAUAAGUAAAACAAAAUACUGAUGACAAGUCCUGAUACUGCAAGUGUGUAAGUAUGCGUGUGAUCAGCUGAAAACUUACUGAGAUAAUUGCAGGAAGCAGCUUCUAGCUUGAUUUUCCCCCUCUCACCUUUUAAAAUCUCCUGCAUUACCACUUCGGCACUCAGUUCCCAACCCGACCCUUGUCUGGGAACAUAAGUUGUGGCAGGAAAAUGAGAUGGGGACUAAUAGGAUUGGGGAGGAUGGAUGGAGCUUCUCACCAGGGAUCCAGUAGUCUAUGUCAGCCUUUAAGAAAGAAGUAGGACGCUACCAGUUCUGUACUGUGGUAAUGUGCUUACCAGAGUCAGUAGUCUAGGUUCUUGGAAGCAGGUUCUACCCUGUCAGGGAGAUAGGAUGAGUGGGAAAGGAGGCUAACCCCUUUCAUUUUUUCCCCUCGGUCUAUCUUGAGGAAACAUCUACCUCUGGUAACUUUACUAACAAGAAAUUAACUGUACGUGUAAUGUUAAGGCAUCUGUAAAAGUCUUUAUAGGAUAUUAGUGGGUAAACCUGUAUUUCCAUUACCAUUUUUGUAAUGGUAUAAACAAAAUUGCUUCAGAAAUUACUGCUGUUUAGUUUUACUGAAUGCAAAUUUUAAAUUCUUGUCUAUGAGCAGGAAUAACUUCAAACAUUCAAUACCAUUGGAGUUCAUGUCUCGUAGAUGUCAAGAAAGGUAUUUGUGCCCAUUUUUAUUUAUGGAGAGUUAGCGGAACAGACAAUGGUACUCUGCAAAUACAGGUUAGAGUUCUGCUUUGUUAGAUUUAUUUAUGGUUUCUUCAGCGUACAUAUAGAGAGGCCCUGGAAUCUUUUCCAACACGAGCAAGAAUUUUGAAGUGUUAUACUUACUUUGCUAAUAAUUUUUACAGAUGAAGUAACUACAUCCACUUAGUGUGAAAUGAAGAAAAUAAAAGAUCAUUCUGCAACAUGUAGACUUUAAAUAUACACGUGUUCUGUCAGUGCUGCUCUACAUUUCCUUUAUUUAAGGAAGAUUGUUUACUUUAAUGUGUCUUUUCUUUAUCAGAAGACUUUCCUUCCUGUAUGAAAUCGUCAGUGGAGGGCAACUUUCAUUUAUUAUGCUAGUUUGCACUUCAGUGCCUUUUAUUUACUUGAAUGUAUUGUGAAUAAUCAAAGGAAUAAAGGCACUUGGAUGAGGAGAGAGAUGAGGACCACAGAUACAGCAAAUGAACUGGUAGUGCACUUGAUACAGGUGCAAUGUUUUCAUACCUUAUGGGUCUAAUGCGGUACAUGAGUAUUUGCAGCUUGGUUAACGGCUUCAAGCUAUUAACUUACACGAGAGGGCUGAGUCUGGGAAUGCUGGUGUUACGAGAUGACUUAUUACUGAGGUACAAACACCCAAGGCUAGUGGGCCGCCAAACCCUGUGUUACCUAACCUGUACUUAUAACAGAUGCAUGAAUAUUUUGAGUAUAUAUGCCAGUAUUAAGGGCUUGUAGAACUUUAACUAGGGUCCCACUCUAAAUUGCAUGAGAAUUCAUCUCGUAGGACCUUUCCUGUGAACUGAUAAAUCUAAAUGUGAGAUGAUAUUCUUUUUAACACACACGUUCUGUUUUACAGAAGUUUGAUAACAUAGUGAAACUAAGCAUUUGGGACUUGAUAAAAACGUUUAAGAAUAAAACUAAAAAUGGGCUAAGUGUAUAUUUAACAGUUACAAUGACAGACUGCACAGCAUAUAAUUGCUUAAUGUUGCAGUUACCAUAAAGUUUCUAAAGUUCUUCCAUAUCUUACUAAUGCAUACACUGUUAAUUACAAAAUAUUUUUAAAUUGUUACUUCAGGAUGAUCAAUGGUUGAUUGUGAGUGGCUAAACUUAAUUUUAUAUGUAAAUGAUACUGGGGUUCAGUAUAAGGGUUUUUAAAAUAUGCUAUUGUUAGCCUUUCAUUCACUACCUCCUAAAUUUUUAACAUCUUUGCAAUUUUCUCCCUGCAAGAAAAUACUUAAAGGCUUGACUGUUUUAUAGAGAUUUUAUCUUUAGCUAAAAAAAGUGGAAUAAGAAUCUAGAAGUGUUAGGGAGGAUGCUACUACGCAUGAUUGACAAUAUUACGCUGCUAUUAAUGUAAUCUUUGUGUAUUAUGUGUCCUGUAUAUGUAAAUUGUAUUUUCAAUCCAGAUUUUAUAGAUUAAUUUAUAAACAUCCAAAUUAUUUCAAAAUGGAAUGGAAAAUGAAAGUUCCUUUGCCUAGUUUAUGUGUUCUGUACAUGCAUAGUGGGGCAUCGAGUCAUUCCGUAUUUGUGACUGAGAGAUUUAAGUGCACCUUAAUAGGAAAAAGAACAAAUUCUUAAUGGAAUUAAGAUGCAUUUACUUUGAAGUUCUGCUAUGGUACUGGAUAAGUCAAGCCUAACUGUGAAUCAUUUUUUUUUUUCCACAACUGAAUUAAAUUUAGGACAAUGUUCUCACAAGCUGUCUUUAACGUGUAUUUUUGUGAAUAUUAUGUAUUUUCUAAUUAAAUUUUACUUGCAAUGUGAUUUUUACAUGAAUGAACUUGUUUAAAAUGUCAAAUAUCAGUAUUUUUCUUACAACUUUAAUGUAUGAUGUACAUUGGUAUCUCACAGAAUGAAGAUUGAUUUUACAAAAUCAAGCUAGAUGUAGUUGUAUAUUAGUCUUAUAUUUUUACAGACUGGAAUAAUAAAUGGAUAUAGAAAUAAGUGUUUUUCUCUAUUCCUUUGUCAGAUAAGUAAAAAGGAAGAAAAAUGCAUCCUGUUAUUCUCAAGUGUGAAAGUAGAUGGGCUUCAUUUUCUUUUGGGCAGCUAAGCGGGAUCUGUUUUCAUAGCAGUCUUAAAUGUUUACUCCCUCUGCUCCCAUCUCUGGAGCAAAUCCCUACCUGUGGAAAGUAUACAAGGGUUCAGAGCAUUUGUCCUUCGGUCCUGCUGACUAACCCGUGGUGUGCUUAUUCCUGCAAUAGCUGCAAAUAAUUAAUCUUGCAUUGUAUCACUUGCCUGAGGACUGCUCAUAGUAAAAUUUAGGUCAUGAGGUCUGGGAGACGGUUCCUCAUCCUCCCUCACCUUUGCCAGGUGUUGCUGGUGAGGUGGAGGUUUUCACUGUUACUGUAAGUAUUUGGUAUAACUCUCUUUAUUCAAAGUUUUAACUUGAACCCAUUCCACUUAGAGAUGCUUUCUCCCAUAUCUAAUGCCGUGGCAGCCCUUGUAAACAUUUACCUAGUGACAAAGGACUCGAGUUUUGUUUAGCCCUUCCAUGUAGGGCUUUUGUGACUGCUGGUCUCAGGGCCAGUCGCGUGACUCUUUUUCUGUACCUUCAGAACUUAGGGUUCAGUACUUUCCUUACUUGCCUGUGUGGCUAUGGAGAGGUGACAAAAAGACCAAGUACAGCAUUACAUUAUCUUAAUGUUGAUAGGCAGCUGAAAGAACCCGAGCUACUUCACCUGUGCCCUUGAGUCUGUCUUGCAGCUAGAAGAAAUUUCUUUACUUUGCACAGAACCUGACAGCUUACCUCAUUCCUAAAGGAAUGCUGAAAUUGGUAUUUUACUGAAAUGGUGUGAACUUCAGGACUUCGUCUUGCCUGUAUUAAAAUCCAAAUGUAGUAUUUUUCUAACUUCGGAACUCCUAUCUAAAUGCAUAAACCUCUGAAACUGGGAGAGAUUACCAAGUUACUCAAAGUUUUUUUAAGUGUUGUUCUCAGAGUAAGUAACUUUCUGAUAGUGCAGCUGCAAUUUUUUUGAGUAUUUUAUAUUUGGAAUAAAUUACAUGUAAAAAAAUGAGGAUCAAAAUCUGAAGGAUCACAGACAGGCUGCACAAUUAGACAAUAAAAUGGCAAACAAUCCAGUGUAGGUUAAGUGUUCGUGUGUGUGGAAAGAUAUGUCUUAACUUUGCAUAUGUAAUGAUGAAUGCCAAGCUGAUUUGCCUCUCGGGAACCCAUCCUGAGUUGUGAUAGUUUAGUGAAAACAUCAGCCUCGUACUUGCUAGCAUAAAAAAACCCAAACUGUUUUACUAAAGGAAUAAAAGACAAAACCAAUAACAUUGUUAUUGUAUAAACCCGUGAUUCAAUUACGUUUUUAAUAGAGUGUGUGGGUUUUCUUUGCUUAUUUUCUAAAAGGAUACCAGACUGAAAAAAAAAGCAAUGUCAUCUGCUUUGUAGGA